AUGGCUAUCUGCUUCAAACGGCGCGGUGUGCUGGCCGGGCUGGCACUGCUUUGGGCGCUCGACCCUGCCGCCCCGCUAGGGGCCAAUGCGGUCCAAGCCAGCGCGGCACAAACCAAGCCGGUCCAGGCCAGCGCGGUGCCGGCCAGCCUGACCGCGGCGAUCAACACCAAGGUCAGCGCGGCGCGAAAGGUAGCGCCGGCCCUGGGGGUCCACGUCGUGCGGGUUGCCGAUGGCGCCCACGUCUACGGCUUCCGGGCCGACGAACGGCGCAUCGCCGCCUCCAACACCAAGCUGUUCACCUCGGCGGCGGCCCUCGACCGCCUCGGACCGGGGUAUUUCUUCGAGACCGAGGUGCUGUUGCGAGGCCGGCUGUCGGGCGUCGCACUCGAGGGCGAUCUGGCGAUCGUCGGCGGAGGCGAUCCCAAUCUGUCGGGACGGCACUACGCUGGCGAUUCGUUCGGCGCCUUCCGCGAGUGGGCACGGGCACUGAAGGAUCUGGGGGUCCAGCGAAUCACCGGCGACCUCUACCUGAUCCACGGUUUCUUCGACCGUCAGUACCACCACCCCGACUGGAAGCGCUCGCAACACGACCGCUGGUAUCAAGCACCGGUGGCCUCGCUGGCCUUCAACGACAGCUGUACCCUGGCCAAAGUGCAUCCGGGGUCGCAUCCGGGCGCCAAGGCGCAGGUCGAGCUGGUGCCGCCCUUGGGGCUCUAUCCGAUCGAUUCGACCGCCGUGACCAGUUCCAGCGGUCGGUCGGUCAGUGUCGGUCGGGUUGCUGGCCAGAAACGCAUCGCGGUGGCCGGGCGUAUCGGCACCGGUUCGUUGUCUUAUGACGAGUGGGUGGCGGUGCCAGAUCCCUUGGAGUACUUCGGCGUCGCUCUGAUCCACGCUCUGAGUGAAGAAGGCAUCUACCUCGAUGGCCGCUUGCUGCUCACCCCCGAAGUGCCGGCCGAUCGUUGGCGCCGCCUGCUGACUCACCGCACCGACCUGCUGACCACGCUCGAGAUCGUCAACAAGCGGAGUCAGAACUUCUACGCCGAGAGCGUUUUCAAGACCUUGGGCAAGAAGACCUGUGACGACGGCACUUGGGAGGGCGGUCAGCGGGCGGUCGAGGAGUUCCUCACCGGGGUCGGCCUGGCGCCGGGUAGCUACCAGAUGGCCGAUGGCUCGGGCAUGAGCCGCGGCAAUCGCUUCGCGCCGCGCCAGGUCACCACCCUGCUGCGCUACAUGCACAACGAACACGUCUGGGGCCAGGAAUACCUGCGCACCCUGCCCUACAGUGGUGAACGCGGUUUGCGCUGGGCGCGCCGUCUGGCCAAGCCGCCUUACCGUGGCAACGUAUUCGCCAAGACCGGCACCCUGAGCGGGGUCUCGGCCCUAUCGGGCUUUGCCAAGGGGCGCUCCGGCGAGCUUUACGUGUUCUCGAUCCUGAUGAACUCGUCGCGCUCCGAUUGGCAGGCCCGCGCUGCUCAAGACCGCAUCGUCGAAGCACUGAUCGACGGCGGCUGA